UUACAAUAAACACAGCACGCCCAUAAUGACGAUAACGCCAAAUUAGUCGGAGUGCAGUGGAUGUCUCACUUGUAUUGACAAGGGAAAGCCAUCAUGGGUUCCGGAAUACGCAACAUUUGAGGAAAACAACAGAUAAUACAUUGAAUUCAUUUCAGUUUUUGUGAAGUAACUAUGGGAGUCGGCACUGCCUUCAUCAGGUGGGGAUUCGUCAUUUACGACCUCUGUCUCGGGUUACUCAGCUCCGCGGCAACGGUAUUUGCGGCGUGGGUGCUGAUCGAGGUUUUGAACUAUGGGUACUUUUUGGAUGUCACGGUCGUGGCCGCUCCUUCCAUCGCUUUAUUGCUGGGAGCGCUGCUCCUGUUGCCCAGCAUUGUUGUGCUCGGAUUCCGCGCUUUCACCACCAAAAAGUCAACUCUUGCAAUAAUUUACUGGCUCUUGGUGGCAACGAGCGCGAUUUUAGCAUUGGCACUUUCCUGCUGGACACUAUUCCUUAGGCACAAGGUCCAGGCCGGUUACUUGGCGCACAAAAUCGUAAACCCGGUACUUGUUGCAAACCCGAAGAGUCUGGAGGACGCAAAAACCAAGCAUUAUUGGGAUGCACUGCAGGCCUCAUUGAAAUGUUGUGGCUUGAACGGAGCUGCUGACUACAGAUCGACUGGAUCUCUGCCGAUGAGCUGUUGCGACGUAGUUGAACAAGUGUGCUCCAAAACCUAUCCUCGGGGAUGCUCGGUAGCACUCACCGAGUUCUCAGCGGAUAAACUAGCGCAAAUCACCAUUGUGGCGGCUGUCACCUCCCUUGUGCUUCUUCUGGGAGUGUACGCCGGAUGCUCUUACAGCAGAUCUCUCCAACACGAAAAGAAGAGAAGAAGGAGAAAUGCUGCUUUGGAUGCUGAGUUGCAGCAGGAGCAGCUACCGCUGAAUGCAUCAAAUAUGAGAACCAUAUCCAUGAUUUCUUCACUUCCGCGAAAAAGUGCACCACCCGUGCCUCCAAAGCCCUCUCCGAGAUACGUUCGUUCUGCCAGCAAAAAUAGUGCGUGGAACGACGAAACGAUGGUUCACAAAGUUGGUUGACUUGAAAAUCAUAAAAAAUGGUCUCGUGGAGUGUGUGAGGAAAAUCGAAACGAGUUUUAUUUUUACAUUACCAUCCUUUUAUUUCUCAUAGACUAUCAUUUUUCAUUUUAUAAUGUUAAUCACCUGCAUCAUCAUUCUUCCGUCUUGUAGAUUUUUACAUCCAAGUUUUGUCUACAUCAAUCUGCUUUACAUUGAACAAUAAAUAAUAACUGGAUCUGCAGUUUUGAAUAAGCUACACCAUUUAGUUUUGCUUUCCUUUUUUACGUAACAAAUAAGGAGAUAAAUGCAUCAUCUUGUCUUUUUUUUAAUGGAAAAUAAUCAGAGUUACAUAUCAAUAUCUUUUUCCCUAUAAAUAUUAAAUAGCAACAGCUUGUUUUCUCAUAAACAUUCCCUCAAUAGCGUCAAUCAGGACCACAGAAAAUACCUCUUUUCUUGCCUUGAAUUGGUUUAUUCUUUUUACAAAUGGACCCAGCGGUGCUUCUUUGCUUUUCGA